AUGUCUCGCACUCGAGUUAUCGCAUGUGAGUUAAGGCCAUCCUCUGACCCCCAUGACUCCACGACGUUAGACUCUCGUCAGAACUGCCUUCUUGUUGAACAAAAGAAAGAUGGUGUCGUGAUAGCUGUCAAGCGAAUAUCCAAGAAGUCGACCUUAAAUAUCGUCAUCGCCAUCUUUUCUCCUGACAAAUCGCGAUCCUUCAUAAUAGUUCCGUGGCUAGCUUGGUGGAUUAAAGUAGAGCAAGGGUGGAUCACAGGGAGGGCUAAGGUGAGGGAGCCCCUUGUUUUACCAUGUCUUGUCUGGAUGUCUCGUGUGGACAUGGUUAUUGUACACAGGGUCAGGGGUGUCCCUGGGGACCGGAACAUGAAAUAUUUCGACGCCGAUGGUGGACGUUUAUGA